CUCUGGCUCCUCUCUCUGCAGCGCUCCAGGGCCCAGGAGCUGCUCCACAUCGCCCAGGAGCUCCUGCACACCGAGGAGACCUACGUGAGGCGGUUGCACCUGCUCGACCAGGUCUUCUGCGCCCAGCUGACGGCAGCAGGGGUCCCUGCGGAGGUCACCACCGGCGUCUUCUCGAACAUCUCCUCCAUCUACCGCUUCCACGGGCAGUUCCUCCUGCCCGCGCUGCGGACGAGGAUCACGGAGGAGUGGGACUGGAACCCGCGGUUCGGGGACAUCCUGCAGAAGCUGGCCCCGUUCCUCAAGAUGUACGGCGAGUACGUCAAGAACUUCGACCGGGCGGUGGGGCUGGUGAACGCCUGGAGCCAGCGCUCACCCCUCUUCCGGGACGUGGUGCAGGGCAUCCAGAAGCAGGAGGCGUGCGGGAGCCUGACGCUGCAGCACCACAUGCUGGAGCCCGUGCAGAGGGUGCCCCGCUACGAGCUGCUGCUCAAGGACUAUCUGAAGCGGCUGCCGGCAGACGCCCCGGACCGGCAGGACGCCGAGAAGUCCUUGGAGCUCAUCUCCACGGCCGCCAGCCACUCCAACGCCGCCAUCCGCAAAACGGAGAAAAUGCACCAGCUCCUGGAAGUGUACGAGCAGCUGGGCGGGGAGGAGGCCGUGGUGAACCCGGCCACCGAGCUGGUCAAGGAGGGCCCCAUCCAGAAGCUGUCCGCCAAGACGGGCGCCGCCCAGGAUCGCCACCUCUUCUUGUUCAACAGCUCGGUCCUCUACUGCGUGCCCAGACCGCGGCUCCUGGGCCCGAAGUUCAGUGUCCGGGAGAAGAUGGACAUUUCCGACCUCCAGGUGCAGGACGCCAGCCAGCCGCCGGCCGCCCCCACCUUCACGCUCACCGGAAGGAGCCGGGCCCUGGAGCUGCGAGCCCGGACGGAAGAGGAGAAGAAAGAAUGGAUUCAGGUCAUCCAGGCCACCAUCUCGAAGCACAGACAGAACAGCCAGACCUUCAGGGCCUUCAGCAGCGCCUUCAGCCCGGACGGGGACCGCCCCCGGACGCCAGAGGCCCCUACCACGAGCGCCAGCUCCCAGGAGCCUGCGGUGGCCGCCGACGGCACAGGGGGUGCCGCAGGGGUGAGCGACCCCCAGCAGAGGCAGGAGCUCGAGCCCAGGAGGGGGUCCUCCAAGACCAGGAGGGACAAGGAGAAGCAGAGCUGCAGGGGCUGUGGCGAGACCUUCAACUCAAUUACCAAGAGGAGGCACCACUGCAAGCUGUGUGGGGUGGUCAUCUGUGGGAAGUGCUCCGAGUUCAAGGCAGAGAGCGGCCGGCAGAGCCGGGUCUGUGGAGAGUGUUUCCUGACGCCCCCAGUUGCCCCCAUGAGCUCCAGCCCGGGGGGGCCUGCCGAGCCCCAGGAGAGCAUGGAGGACAGUGGGCCACCGCCCACCAGGCCCCCGCUGGCUGCACAGUGAGUGUCGGACCUGCGGAGACGCUGCCACCUGGCACCGGACUGUGAGGCAGGCCCUGCAGGCCUGUGCCUGAGCGUCCCAGCCUCUGAGCUGCAGCCGAGGUGGUGAGAGCCCUGAGUGUGGUCGCCAUGGGGACCUGGCCCGGCCAGCCAGGGCCCGAAGCCCAGCCUGGGGACCGGGAGCUGAGUCUUGACCGUGGCCCCUGCUCUGAAGCCGUCACAGCAGGGCCUGUGCUGGCCUGAAAGUGCCCGGAGAUGAAGUGUGCCUGCUGCCGAGGGGCUGGCCGGCCACGGAGGGUGGCCACUGUCCAGAGCCACCCGGCCUCCGCCCGCAGGCAGUGGCGAGGCCCAGGGAGGGCAUGGGAAGCUGUGAGCGAGGCUCCCGAGGAGGACGAUCUGGGCCGCCUGGGUCACUGGUGGACGCCCAGUUGUGCAUCCUCCGGCCACUGCCUGCCGUCUGCACCGACUGCACCGUCUGCACCGCCUGCACCACCUGCACCGUCUGCACCAUCUGCACGUGGAGC